ACACCCUCCCUCCUUCUCUCACACAUUAUUCCUCUCGGUCCGGCUCACUGUUGCUCCAGCAUUCACUUGGUGAAGUCCUGUUUUUUUUUAACAUCAGAAAGACACAGUUCCAGUUUGUUGUGCGUGGUUCAGCUCUAGCAAAGUGUCCUGAUCAUCUGAAGACUUUUCCUGUCUUUCCCUUCAGAAGACCGCAGCGCAGUUCAGUGGUUAAUAAGUAAAGAUGUCGCUCCCGUUGUCAGUGCUGAUAUGCCUUGUUGUCCAGCUGUGUAUGGGAGAUCAGCCUGUGGAGGAAGUCAUCACAACAAAGAAAGUGCCUCUCCUGGGGGACUGGUUUGAGAGGAGUCCAGAGUCAACCGAGGUCAUAGAGGCAGCCCAACAUGCUGUGAUGAUGUUCAACACACACUCCAAGAGCAGGAAGAUGUUCAAGCUGGUCUCCAUCACUGCUGCGCAGACGAAGGUGACCAAUGUGAUCAACUAUAAGAUCGAGGCAGUCCUGGGAAAAACCAAGUGUCUCAAGACUGAAAACCAUGACCUGGACAGCUGCAGUCUUGAGAGGAAGCAAGUGAAGUGCCACUCUGAGGUGUCGUUCAACCCGCACAAAAACAAACACGAGCUGCAAAAACAGCAGUGCACGAAACUUGGAAAGAAGGUUUAAUAAUUCAGAUUUGUAGCUUUGACCACCUUUCUACAUUUUGAUAUUUUUUUUUUCUGAAUAAAUGUUCUGCAGCUGAUUUUAACAGGUGGAUGAUAGACAUGUUGGCACGAUGGGAAUACUAGAACAAUGACAAAUCAUACUCUGAAUAAAAUUAGCUUGGAAAAGGUGACUAAGAUACACAAUAAUGUGUACUGUAGAUUAUUUCUGGUCUGUGUGAGAACACUUCAUUGCUUAAAAUUUAAAAAAGAGCAAAUCAGUGCUUACUGUGGAAAGUCAUCAAUUAAAGGGUGUUGCAGUAAAGAGAUGAAGACAGAGUUUUAUAUCGAUAUUUAUUGAAUUGGUGGGAUUUUUGUACAAACAAGUCAAUAAUGUGAAGAGCCGAGUAGUCUUCAUUUUCUUUCAGACGUCUGUAAUAAAAAAAAGAGAUCAGUCACCACAAAGUACCAGCUGUGACUUUAGAGCAUAAAUCUGUUCUCUGAAUUCAGACCUUCAACCUAACCCCUCUCUCCAGCUCUUUCUCCAGAAAUGUCUUCCAUUCAAUUAAGCAGAAAAGCCUUAAGAACUCAUUUCAUUUCUAUACUCACUGCAUUCGUAUAACCUGUUGAUCCUGAGGAUGUCAAUAUCAGACAUGUCAUCCCUCUGUCCAAUCGGCACAGAGGAAUCUGGAAUAGGAGUGAUGGUGUCUGCUCCAUACUCUGAUGUGAAGGCAGUCCUAGAGAGAAAAAAAAGUGAAAUGAAAUAAAAGUUAUAUACUGAUGGAAAAUUGUCCUUAUUUAAUUUAUUUAUAAGAGCAUUGGAAUAGUUCAUUGUCAAGCCAAAAACUUUAAAUUAUAUAUAUAUUCUCAAAGAUAUGGUUCCUUUUUUCAUUGCUACUCUAAUUUUUUUACUUUUUUUUUUUUUUUACUGUAACUUGGCUUCAGGAUCUUCUUUCCUCUCACAUGCCACAGAGAAAAUGAGCUGCAAUCCACACGCAGGGCCAGAAAUUAAAUGUUAAAGCUCCAUUAUUCAAUAUUUUUCUGUAACCAAUAUUAAAUGACAAUGUUUAAUGUGAAGGGUGUUGAUGACUCAGCGUCAUCACUCAACUCUGCAGGCUCCCUCAGUGGGCAUAUAUUUCUCUCAGGCAUUGGUGGAGACCAAAAACAGAGCUAAAAAGAGAGCGACUACUAUUUAUAUUGGCCAAGUGAUCAAAAACAUAAUUGAAUAUCACUCUGUGUAUGCUAAUUAUGCAUAGGCAGCUGCUUGCUGACAGGUUAGCCUCAUGCUUCAUGACGACAUGAAUAAACUAAACGAAUUAUCUUACUAACAAUACUAUUAAUGAUAUAAACAGAUGUUACCUUCCAUAAUGCAUAACAGAGGAAUAGUCAUAUGGUGUGUUCAAGUUGUCGGUGUCCAUUUUGUUGAAGUUGACGGCAUGUGCUUAAAAUAAAACAGAAAUUUUAAAUGAU